GGCCGUGCCCCAGCCGGGUCUCAUCUGUGCUCCGCUGUGGUCUCUCUGCCCAAGUCUGCCUGACUGGACCACACAACUUCCAGGCUUUUCCGUCCCGGACAGUUAAUCUGUUUCUCCUACAGAUUCGUGUUUUCUUUCUUUGGAAUUUUGUCUUUUCAGACUCGGAAAGGAAAGAUAUCUAGGGAUUGGGAGUGAGCUUUAGAAGAUGGGAGGAGCCCUGAGAGGGAGUGAUGGGUCCUGCCGCCAUGAUGGUUCAGCCGCAUGAGCUCUGACGACACUGCGCCAUGUACAGUGUGGAAGAUCUCCUGAUUUCUCAUGGAUACAAGCCAGCCCGAGAUGUCUCAGCACCACGUGAGGACAAAUCAGAGGGAUGCCGGCCAACGAGGACAAGAACCCGAGCUGACCAACGCCUGUUGAAUGGAUAUGAGGAUGGCCCUACAGCCCAUGCACACAGUAGGACAUCUCUGGGUACAGGAAAUGUAAGCAGCUCUGAAGGCCGCAGCAGCAAGCCAAGAGGCCACGGGGAGCACCAGAGCACUUCUGCUUCCAGAACUCCUGAGGCAGGGUUUUUAAAUCAACCCUCUUUAGCAUGGUCCUCUCAGCCCCAUGUUGGUAGCGACCACACCUACAGGAGCAGAGGAAGGCAGGAGGGCUCCAGGGACCGAGGAGACGUGGAAAUCAGAGGAAUGGCUCAGGCCCACAGUCUACCCAUCCAUGUGAGAGAGAGUCCAUGGGAAGUCGCAGGAAGGACAGAGCAUGUGAUGAGAAAGGCCGUUUGGGAAGAAGAGCUGCGCAUGCCAGGUCCUGCUAAGUGGCAGAAUGUGAGCCUGGAAACCUGGAAGCAGCCAAGGAAGUUAGGGAGGCAAGUGUCUGAUGGUGAGAGAGAGAAAAUGUUCCGGGAUCUGUACCAGUUCGUUCAAGGAGACCACGUGCCCAUAUCUCAGAGCAAAAAGAAAUCCCAGUCAUUGCCUCGAGUUCUUUCUCCUGAGAGCCUGAGUUUCACAGAAAUUCCUGUUUCGCUGCGUGAUGGGCACUUAACGGGUAUCCCCAAGGUGCCACCAUACCCUCCCAGCUGCCCACCGCCUUUGGAACCCAUGAGGAACCUCGAGAAGUCUAGUUCUUCAGGCCCUUUUCCCAGGCCUAAGUUCGGGAAACCCCUUAAGACUCAGUGUCGCCGCUCUCAGCCACAGCCCAAGGGAGAAGACGGAUUUCAGGACCCCCAACCCCGGGAGCCACGUGGCUCCUACCCAACAAGAAGUAAGGAUUCCAGGCAUGAGCUGGGUAUGCUGGAUACUGGCUUGGAGCCUCCAGUGUAUGUGCCUCCACCUUCUUACAAGUCACCCCCCCAGCACAUUCCAAACCCCUACCUUGAAGAUCCUGUGCCCAGGCAUCUGAGCAGCAGCCAGAGUCAACAGCAGCAAGUGCCUGAGAAAGCUGAGGCCAGUUGUCCACUUCUUCCUGGCUCCCUUGCAGCUAGGACCCUCUAUGGUGCCAUGCCUGGCUCUCCCCGUCAAGGUCUUCCUCCACACCCCUAUGUUGCCGCCCAAGGGGCUUCUAUUCAGUACAUCCCAUUUGACGACCCACGGAUCCGACACAUCAAGCUAGCUCAGCCCCCAGAAUUCUACGAGGAGGCAAAGCUUGAUGACAGACCCUACAGCUCUCGCCUCACUGCCCAGGAGACAGCUCUGGGGAGGAGACAGUACGAUGGUGCCCUUUUAUCCCCACAGGACCCAACACCCCCAUCAGUCAGUGAGCAGGGCUUAGCCUUUGCCCGUUCCAGUCCCCGGUGGCUGCAAGGCCAUGUCUCCAUGGACACUGAACAUGGAGGUUUCCCCAGCCAAGCUGAAGAGCGUGUCGUGAGAGAACUAGGGACUGACGGAAGAGACAGCCAGGCAGAAGGUCAUGCCUCUUCCCCACAGCCACAGAGUGAGGGUGCCUGCAAAACCUACACUAAGCUCAGAAAGUUUGAAACUGGAUUUCAAACCAAGAAAAGUUCAAAGAAGAAAACCAGCGCAACCAUAUUUUGUUUGGUUUCUGUGCCAGUUAAAUCUGAGUCACCUCUGCCAGACACGGAUACGAACAACAAUGACUUGAAAUUGGGGGCCGCUAAGGCGCAUGGACUGUGUCAGCGUGCAGCCCUGGAAGAGCAAAGCCUGUUGAGUAUGUCUUCCACCGACCUGGAGCUGCAGGCCCUCAUGGGAAACAUGGCUUGGAGAAGAACAUCCCCAAGGCAAGGUCUGGGGGAGCCAGAAGACUUGAGUCAAACUGAUGACCUCAGAAUCCUCCACCUCACCAAACCCAGCGAGCUCCAGCCUGCUGGCUCAUGGCCAGGCUACCAGUGCAGAGAUCAGCAGACCCAAACCAGUUUCCCUGAAGACACCAAAAGCUCACUUCUCCCCCUUGCCAUAAAACCGGGAGAGCCCGACAAUGCAUCCCUGACCCCAACAUGCCCAGAGCCCACUGAUUCCGAAGUAUGUGUGCAUGCAGCCUCAGCAUCUAGUGACCAAAAUCAGAAGCCCAGUGGACCUCACCUCCGAGGCCAGAUGUCCCUCAGCCCAUCUCAAAACAGUGCUUUCUCAAGGACUUCCUCAGCCAUAAACCAGGCAUCUAUGCCAAAAGGGGCCUCUGGUCAGCCCCCUAGGGCCAGCCCUGUACCCAAGCCAGAGGUGGUGAAGGGGGAGCCUACAGCAGGCCAGUGCAACAGCACACAGCUCUUCGGUCAGUUUCUCUUGAAACCAGUUAGCCGCAGGCCCUGGGAUCUGAUAAGUCAGUUAGAAAGCUUUAACAAGGAGCUUCAGGAAGAGGAAGAAAGCCAUGGGGAUAGUGGUGGGAGCAGUAAUGAGGGCAGCGAGGUGGAACAGCCCCAGGACUGUGCUGACUCCAGAGCUAAAACCCUGAGCCGCCAUGAAACCAGCCAGAAAAAGAGAGCAGAGCCGCAGCCUGCAGCGCCGGCGCUCGAGGCAGGGUUCCAGGCAGAGAGCUGGAGAGAGGAACCAAAACCUGGCUCCCCAAGUGCCCAUCCUCAGUCCCUGGGCCAGUCUCAGGAGGAAGACAGCAGCGGCGUUCUUGUCCAGUGGGCAGAUGAGCGCCUGGUUGCAGAGCAGCAAAGCCAGGAGGUUCCGAAUGGGGUGUGUGAGCGGGACAUUAUUAGUGUGAGUCCUCUAAGCAGAAUGGCUCCCAGUGACACAGAAACAGCCCCCUUUUUCUAUCUGGCAGAACUGAGAGGAAGUCAAGAACUCAACAAAGUCAGCGAUGUUUUAGGGUCUGUGCAGCUGGACAGAGAGACCCCUCCAAAUGUGAAUACUGGUGAGGAAAGAGACACAGAGGUCCUCCUGCCUUUCGCUGACAGGUACCGAGGUCUCUCAGCAUCAGACUUGCGGUCUCUGGGGCUCCCACUGGGACAAGAGCAGAGGGUCUCGAAACCAGAACCUCUGGGUGUAGAGAAUACAGUGGAAGUCCUCCCAAGUGAGUCUCUGCAGGAGAGGGCGGAGAGGAUCCUCGGCAUUGAAGUGGCUGUGGAGUCUCUUCUGCCGGGUGCCAGGAGAGGAGAACAGGGGCAGCUCUCUGAGCAUGGUGCAAGUGCCUGCAGCCCGGAGUCGUCCAGAGAGGACUCGUCUCCCAACCUGGCCCCAUCGGUGAGCACCGAUGCCUUCUAUGGCAGGAGAAAGUGUGGCUGGACUGAGAGCCCCCUCUUUGUAGGGGAAAGGGCCCCCCACGCAUCUGCGUGCUCAGAUGUAGACAGGUUCCCGGGAAGCCAGGACACCGGUCCUGAGCCUGAGAAAAAGGACGGGGAGGCAAAAGCACCCUUCAAGUCCACUCUGUUCCAUUCCAUGGAAAAGACUGCAGGCGUGGCAGGCUCCGAAAAGAAACUCAGAAGCCCUUCCAGAGUGAUUGAGAGUUUACAGGAAAAACUGGUAUCGCCCCCAAGGAGGGCAGACGCAGAUCGCUUGGUGAGAAUGAGGGAGAUUAGCUCCCUGUCUCGGAUGAGGUGUCUGAGCUCCAGGAGUGCAGACUCCAUGGAGGAGCCCGAGCACCUAAAGGCCACCAAGAGUCACGCCUCUCAGGGUGUCAUCCCGCAAGAGGAAAAUGGGCAUCCAGAAGUGCUAAGGAAGAAGCUGUCUGAUCAGGACUUGUGGUGUGCAGAUUCAUAUGAUCCUAGCCGAGUGGAGAGGGUGUGACGGAUGCUGCUGUAGCCCUACCUUGGCUAACGGAGUGUUCUCUGUGAACUCUGGUGUCUCGGUUUUCAGUGUCUCACCUCCUCCCCGCCAGCGGGAAAUGGGCCGUCCCUACAGACUUGUCGUGGAGCUAAAGCCGUGGUGUGCUGACAUCAUGUGUCUUUAUAGCAUGGAUAUAGAAUCCCUACAUUUAGAAAAGAGUUUUCACAUCAGUUCCCCUUCCUGGUGGAUUAGGCCGAGUGGGUCAGUAGCUUGGUGUUAAUCCAGUUUUAUGUGAAAAAUCAAAUAUGGAAGAUACAGUGGGUGAUUUUGAUUGGACCAUAAUGUCACCCAUUCCCUACUGCAUCUACCCAGCCCAUGCUCAUGUUUAGAAGUGUGGCCCAGGCAACUGCCUGGUAUUUGGAUACUUACAGUUUAAGGGGACUAUGAGUGGUGUGUAUGACCCAUUUUUAUUACGCGACCUUUGGCAGCUUGGGGUAACUUGUAAGUAACUGCUACCAGCGGCUUCUUUGUGUUCUGAGGGGUCACACUCACGCUGUAACUUACCUUGGCACUGGAGCCAACACGCCGCGCUCUGCUUUGCACUUGGUCUUCCUAGGUUUUACUUUCUGUGUGAAUGUUUAGAUAUUCUUUAUAUGAAAAAUAAUUGCUGGUUUAAAAUAGACCAUGGUAACAAAGUAACUAUAUUUCUUUUUAUAAAAUUGCUAUUUUUCUAUGAUGUAUAAACAGUUCUUAGGUGGCAGAUUUUUAAGGAAGUGCUAUUUUAUUUAAGAGUCUAUACCCGUGUGUGUGAGGGACCCAAGAGGGCCCGCCUUGGCUCUACAGCCGCAUCCCUGCUCCACCCUCAGCGCUGUUCCUGUGAUUCAGUUUCACAGUGUUAGGAGGACUGAUCACAAGCUCAUCACACUCACGAAGAUGUUCUCACAGAUGGAGCUGUGGGCUCACAUUUCAAGUUGCUCCUCUCCAGUUGACCAACAACUGCCUGGUCAACAAGAAUUGCCAAAACUCCAUCGUUUCAUCUUGUAUUUCUGUGGGGAAUCUGCCCCAGAAAGAAGUGUUUCUCUUGCCCGCCACCUUGCUCCUUUGCAGAAAGAUAUAUUUUUGUCUAGAAUGAUCCUGAUGAAUUAAUCUUGCAUAUUCUAACAAGUGCUUGGAAACAGUACCUAGGCAGCAUUCUCUGCGCGUAUGCCACAAUGGAAGUGUAGGAGGCCCAGGGUUCUACUCCCACAUCUGCCUGCAUACUUGAUGCAUCUUAUGCAUUUCACCCUUCUGAGGAAGGUAUUCUUGCUAGCUAAGAUUUUCCAAAGGUUUUAUCCCCUUCUUUCCUCUCCUCCCUCCCUCCUUUCCUCCCUCCCUCCCUCCCUCCCUCCCCCUCCCUCUCCUUUCUUCUUUUUUGUUUCCCUCUUUCUAUUAAUUUUUUGAGACAUUUUGUUAAUCUGUUUUCAGACGCGUCAGAUUCUUCCAGUGUGCAUCCAUGGCUGGUCUGUCCUCUGACCCGAGACAGACUUUCAUGGCCUUGUAUCUACAGAGCAGAGUCCAGGUCCACAUUGUUGCUCAUGCUCAUCUUAGUCCAGAGCUUGGCUCUCGUGAAAGAGGGUAUGGGACAUAGCCCGGGGGCAGUGGGCUAGCAGGUUGAUGAUCUGCAAUGGUGGUUGAAUCAUCUGUAGACCAAGUGACAGCUGAGCCACCUGCUGAACUCUGUGGGCUGCAUACCCCUCCUUAAAAUAGAGUGAAAGAGGCCCUGUGCCUGUGCCCACACAUGCAGACCCCAGGGCAUGUCUGUGUGCACACUGUGCUGUACUGACUUCCUGUCAAAUGACCAUCAAAAGACUGCUUAGGAGAAGCAGAAGGAUCCUGAAGGAAAGCUGUCGUGCCUUACGUAUCUCAGUCUGGAAUGGGAUGCUCUUCCAUUUUGUCUUGUUUGAAGUCAUAUAUGUCAUGCUUCCCUGCAGCCAUUCAGUCAAAAUAGCAAAUAUUUAUACUUUAACCUCAAUUUUUCCAGAUUUAAGCCCAUAUGAAAUUUUUUUUGGAAGAAAGUGGUAACAUUGAACUUAGUAACUUGAAAAUUUGAUCUUUAACUUUUCAUAUCCAAAGUAAUGAAUAUCUGGCCAAAAAUUGUUUCACUGAGGUCUUGAGUUCAAUACUGACCAUGAUUCCCUAUGUAAACUCCACGCAUGCCCAUGACCAUUGGUGGAAAAUUUUUCGUAUUCUGUGUUUGUCAAUUGUUUUUCUCAUUACACAUGAUUGAUUUUCAAUAAUUCGGAGCUUAUAAAAUUAAAAGUUAUAAUUUUGACCAUUUUAUCUAAAAAUUAUAGCAGGAAUUGUGCCUGUGUUGUUUCUGGAAUUGCAGAAGGGAGGGGGAAAUGGCGGUCUUAGGCCUCUUUGGGGAAAACUUUUUGAAAGAUUGAAGAUGAAGUAGCCUUUACCAUAUUCGAUUGUAUUUCUGUAAUCCCAGGAAACCCUCUAAGGAUGCAGCCAGUCCCUGGAUGGGACCAUCAGAAUUAUUUCCAUAAUUAUAGACAUUUAUUUCCUUUAUUAAUAAAGACCCUGGAUGUGCAUCA